CCCAAAGUCCGUCACUCGCCCGAGAACACCCGCUCGAUCCCUUCGUUGCCCACUUGCCCUCCACCACCAAAGUCAGAACGCCGGCCUUUUUUUUACCCGGGAGAGCGACGAGAUAGGAAGAGAGCCGGCCGGGGAGGCGGAAGAUUCACGCGAUGGAAUCCAAAUUGGAAGCAGAAAUGGCGGAGCUGGAGCGGGUCCAAAACCGGAUCCUCCAGCGGAUAGCCAAACUCGAGCUCGCCCUCCACCUCCCCAACUACCUCCACGAAGACGAACUAACCCAACUUCACCCGCCGGCGUCAAAUUGCUGCCGGGAGACUAACGCCGGCGGCGCGACGGAGGAGCGCCUCUCCUCCAUUCUCCGUUCCAACGGCGUUACUGACUUCGCUUUCAAGCGAGUCCCAUCCGAUUACUACGAUUGGCCGUUCGAGUCGCGCCGGGACGUCCUCGGCGCUGCCUCCAUUCAUCACCUCUGCAAAAGCAUCGUCCUGGUUAAUACGCAGGCGACAUCGAAUGUAAUUGAUUGCAGCGACCGCAAUAACUCCAAGUAUUACGUUGUUGUAGUUCAGUAUACAGCUAAAUUCAAUGCUGAAUCUGUUAAGAACUAUCUGUACGCACUCAACGAAGGCAAGGUAGCAAAGAAGAAAUUCAACAUGAGGCUUGCACCGGAAGAGACGUCUUUCCAGCUGACCGGGUUUGAGCACAAUGCAGUUACAUGCGUCGGCAUGAAAACCGACAUACCAGUGAUUUUGGACGAAGCAAUUGUGAAACUGCACCCGGAUUACUUCUGGUUGGGCGGUGGUGAAGUCGAUCUGAAGCUUGGAAUACGGACCCCCCAAUUCACCAAUUUCGUUAAGCCAUUCGUAUUCAGCUGCAGUAGUAGCACAUGACUAUCCCCUGCAGCAGUACAAGACGAAAGGUUCCUGAUGAGAAAAUGGAAGGGUGGUGUUCCCCAAAUGAUUUCUCAGUCCAGGAAAUGAAGUUGGUGCAUCUGUAAGGCUACAUCUUUUCCGUUAUACAUGUCUGGUUGGCUUCACAAAUACAGAAGUUUCUGCCUUUGUCGAUGCUUCCUAUAACAGGUCAUGAGUUUGAGCAGUACAAAAAAGUGUCUGUAUUCACAGCAUUUAUCUAAUAUUUCUGUUCGAUGAUCUGCUGAUGAUAAGAAAGGUACGUAAGAGGCCCUUUCUUGUCUUGUGCCUAAUUGGAUACAGAAGGGAAUGGAGGAACUGAUUCUUCACAACUUGGUGCUGUAGGGAGUUGGACAAAGAAACAUGAUGGUCAGCCAUGGCGGUAGACCCAUGUCAAGUUUGUCUGUAUGGUACCAUUAAACAUCAUGUGUUGAGCCAUUAACUUCCCCAACCACCGUAUCAUUUGCCAUUCUCUUUUGUGGUAGGUUUGUAGCAUUGCUUAAUUAUUAUUUAGAACCUAGCUACAACCAUUCACUUGGUCAUAUAAGUAAGGGCGAACAAGAUUUGUUAGAUUUGUUUGUUUUAUCGUAAGGUGCUAUUUAAGACAUUCAAAUUUGGGAUC